AUGGAGAAGCGCGGUAAACAUAACUCGUCCCCAAUUGUCGAUGGUGAAGGGGCCCGGACGCCUCUGAUGCCUACCAGAGUGGUCGUGACCGAGGCGGAAGCACCAGUGGAGGAUUGGACAGAUGAUUUUGAACUUGGCGAGUGCGAUGAGCAAGUUGAGGUUCGAGUGGAGAGCGUCGCUGACUCUGACAGUAGAAAUCAAGAUGGCGCUGAAACCGUAUCUAAUGACCAACUACGUGAACAAGAUAUCGCCUCGCCAUUCCUGGUUGACAUAUCCCCUAUUACAGCGCCCAAGCCGGGUCGUACGUCUGUGGACCAGGAAUGGGAAGAUUCCUCCUUCUCGCUCUACAGCGUUGGCCUGUCUUCUUCUGCCUCCAUGGCUAUCUCCGUCUCGCUCUCGCAGAUUGUCCUUUCUCCCGUCCAGGUAGAAGCCAACUCUCCCACUAUCUUUGAAGCACCCGAUCAAGGAAUGACACCGUCCAGCCCGCCCAGGAGCACCACGAACGCCAUGUUUGGUUCGCGCAGGAGUCGUCAACCGCCUCCAGUCCCUUCGCUAGAUCAAAGCUUGGACCUACCGAGUUUAAUGCGCCUUGAGAUCGCCUCGAGCCUCGAACAACAACAAAGUAGCCAACUCGCCCUUCAUCCUCCUCUCGUCGGUCUUGGUUUUGACUUGCCCGAACGCGAGCGGGACCCUGGAUUGCCGAUGGACCCUCUCUGGCCUGAUUGGACUCUUCCUGCGCCUGGCAACCUCCCGCAGAGUGAAGAGCAGGCGAUCUCUGUGCUAUCUGAAGAAACUCAUAUGACAAACGAAGUUGAUGGAGAUCCCAUUGCGACUGUGACUUCGAGUCAUUCUGUCGCCGAUCCCCUCUCUCAGGGAGAGGGUGACUCGUACGCACUGGAUACCAUUGCAGAGGAACCAGAUGGUUAUAGAAUCAUCGGGCUUGGGCUUGGUAGUGCGACCGAGCGAUCCCUUCAGUCUUCAUCGUCCAUUUCUCAGCUCUGUCGAGUCACACCAACGACUAAUUCUACAUGCGAUCCAUCCGGUUUAGCUGGUGACCUGGACCGCGAUACUACGGGCCCCGGUAAUGCGGCUGCGUCUUCAGCUACUCAAGGAACCUGCAGCAUCCCUUCAAGUGUUUCGAAAAGCGUUAAGCUAUUGUAUUCGCCACAAGUAUCUUCCUUCGUAACGGACUCGUUCGUGCCUUUGCCCGGGAUCGAGCCUCUGGGUGUUCUUUCGGUUCAAGAUUCAUCGACUAAGACGUCUAAUGAGUCUAGCAUGAACCAGAAUCGUAGCACGCGAAAUGUUACCUCAAAUGUCUCAUCUUCCAAAGUCGAGCCUCCGGGUGUUCCUCUAGAGGCCAGCGGAUUUGUAGGGUCCACAUCUCUUUCAUCGAAUUCGCUGAAUCGCAUUCUCUCCGACUUUCCACUACCUCCAACACUUCAUCAUCACCUGCUUCCCCGCCCCAUCACCCCGACACAUAACGAGGCCAAGCAAACCACUUUCGCAAAUGAGAUAGCGCUUCUCUGUAGUCACAAUGCCCUCUCAGAACAAGUGCCUUCGCUGACGUGGGAUGUUGACCCUCGGAGCCCUUGUCCCAAUUCCCGCAAUGACUUUACUGUCGCCGUCGAACCGCGGGAUGGGUCUCAGAGAAUCGACUAUGUGCCUCUGCCUCCGCUCCUCGCGUGCAUACCUUUCCCAAAUCACGAAACUCCUGCGCCUUCCACCUCAGACGGUGCUCUUAGGCCAAGCAAGGAUGCCGACGGGCUUGGAAUCGGUCUGCCUUCGGAUCUUACCUCUCGCCCUCCGAGACAGCGAGACGUUUCCUCACACGGAAGCGCAGAUUGUCUUCAACCUCGAAUGUCGACCGCUGAGUCUUGUCAAAAUCUUGCUCAGCUUGCCUCGGCGCCUUCUCCAUCCGCGUCUCCUUUUGCCGAGGCCUCCUCCCCCCCCUCUCCGUCUCCCUGGAACUUCUUGAGGAUAAGGCCAUUUUCCAAACGACACUUGUACGCGAUUCCGGAAAUCCGUACCCCUUCGCCCAAUCCCUCUCGUCGUCGUUUCUCACCGACCAAUCUGCUAAGCCCGAUUAUCAACCGCAUACGCUCUCCCAGGUUAUAUACCCCUUGGUUUAAAUCGCCGCUGACAAGCACCGAAGACUUUGACACGGCCAUGCCUCGCAACGGCGGCUUAUCCCCUCUGGCAGGGAUGGGCCCUUAUUCUGCUCCUUCAUCGCCUUCAGGCCGGUCCUUAUUCCCGAAACUGAUGUCGCGCAGACCUCAUUCAACAUCCUCUUUAUCUCCCUCUCCUCAACCUCCUCCAAUGGCUACGUCGCCCGCUUUAGUCGAACAUCUUGACGCACCGAAGGGAUUGGGGAUUUUCCGGAGGGCAAGCCCCUCCAGUGCGUCGCCCAAGACGAAGGCCGCUGCUAGCCGGCUUGGACCUCGUCGAUUCCGGCAUCUAUUCUAG